CUAGACAUGCAGACAGCUUCUACAAACAUUUGAGAAAGAAUGGGUUGCUCUCAGGAGCUCAUUGAAUUCAAGUGUGGUACCGUGAUAGGUUGCCGCCUGUGCAAUAAAUCCAUCCGUGAAAUUUCCUUGCUACUAAAUAUUCCACGGUCAACUAUUAGUGGUAUUAUAACAAAGUGGAAGCAACUAGGAACAGCAGCAACUCAGCUAUGAAGCCUCCAAACUUUAGAGCAGUGGAGACAUGUUCUCUAUAGUGAUGAAUCACGCUUCUCUGUCUGGCAAUCCGAUGAACGUGUCUGGGUUUGGCAGUUGGCAGGAGAACAGUACUUGCCUGACUGCAUUGUGCCAAGUGUAA